UUGAUGAACUAUGUAGGUAAGCACUAUUUGUGCAAUGGAAGUGAAGAAUAUUACAUGCCAACUUCUAUCCUCCCAAGAGGUUUUAUGUAAUGGAACCAUAUAUAACCUGGAGGAGCGUAAGCUUACAUUUAAAGAUGAAGAGUUUUGGAUAUAUAUUGGAGUUUACAUUGUUUUAGUCCUAUUCGCAGGUCUAAUGGCUGGGCUGACUAUGGGUUUACUGUCACUGGAUCAGAUGAGUCUGAAUGUACUGAAGGAAGCAGGGACACCAAAACAGAAGAAAUAUGCAGCAAGGAUCCUCCCUGUUGUGAAGAGGCAUCAUCUGUUAUUGGUGACCCUGUUGUUGGCCAAUGCUGCUGCCGUGGAAACCAUGCCCCUCUUUUUGGACAGAGUAUCUGACCCAGUCACUGCCAUAGUCGUCUCUGUGACAGCAGUUUUAAUAUUUGGAGAGGUAUUUCCCCAAGCUUUGUGUACAAGAUUUGGAUUGGCCAUUGGAGCUAAUUUAGUUCCGCUGGUUUACUUUUUAAUGGCAAUAUUAUUCAUCAUAGCCUGGCCACUAGCUAAAUUGCUGGACUUUUUACUGGGACACGACCAUGCCACCUUUUUCCGUCGUGCUGAGCUGAAAGCGUUAGUAACUCUACAUGGGCCAGAGAACACGGAGGCUGACUGCAGUGAUGGAGAUGUCUCAAGUCAAGAAAAACUUACUGUGGAUGAAGUGUUAAUCAUAAAGGGGGCUUUAGAAAUGAGAGACAAGACUGCAAAGGAUGCCCUGGUGCCCCUGGAGAGUGUUUUCACAUUGGACAUCAAUGACAAAAUGGACAGUGAUACCAUGAACAGGAUUUUAGAGGUGUCCCACUCAAGAGUACCAAUCUAUGAAGGCAAUAAAGAAAACAUCAUUGGAGUUCUUCUAGUCAAAACAUUGAUUCUUCUGGAUCCAGAUGAUAAAGUGCCAAUACGAAGCUUGAAAAAUACGAAGUCAUGGAGAGAUGUGCAUUAUAUAGAAGAAACAAAACCACUGUUUGAUUUACUCAAUGAAUACCAGCUCGGAAAAGCUCAUAUGUCUGUGGUUCUAAAAACAGAUGAUGGAACAAGCAACAGCAUACAGGCAGAAGGGGGACAACCAUUGCAUAAUGUUGCUGGAAUAAUCACUUUAGAAGAUGUAAUAGAAGAGUUAAUUCAAGAAGAAAUAGUUGAUGAGACAGAUGUCUUCGUGGACGUUCACAAAAGAAUCCAGGUGGCCAGAGCCAAGGUGGCAAAGAUUCCAGGAUUAGCUGACCGUUUUGCUAAAAUGGCAGAAAGAAGCAAAUCACAUCCGCCCACAAGUAAACUGUUGCCACCCAUAGAUCUCCCACAUAGUGGCCUGAAAAAUGACAGGGCUACAUCCAUUAGUGAAAUACCCACGACCACACAAGGAGAUACCAGUACCAACAUGACAAAACCCUCCCAGUCAGGUUCUUUAGAUAAUACAUCAGACACGUACAGUUAUGAUGGGGAUGACACUGCAUUACUAUUGGGAAAGUGAUCUGACAAACUUUGUUAAAAGCACACAAUGAGGGUUAGGUGUUU